GAGUGUUGUCGUCGAUUCCCAGUCCACGUUCCGGGUCUCGAGACUUUGGUCAAAACCGAAAAGUUUCCGCUAAACUCGACCACACAUUUGGAUCAAAUCAAGAUUCUGGCCACACUUUCGGCCGAUAAUAUUUGUUACGCGAAGACAAUGUCUGUAAUCACAAUGAAUUACAAUUAUCUUCUCUCACAGGAUAUCAAUCUUCGUCUCCAUAAGCACUCGAUUCCGAAUCAAAGAACUAUUGUUCAGAACGACUGUCAAUGGAAAUUACAUCAGAUCCAGGACGCGUCUAACCAUCUCAUGUCUGCCCUAUAUCUGCUAUCUUCUCCUCCGUUACGUUUCGAUCGAAACGAAAGCAAAUUUGACUUCCGAUCGGCUCAAGAAGUGAUUGAGAUGGUUAACAACAUAAUGAGUUGUUUACAAAGGGGUCGUAACAGUCUUAUUGUGCCGAAGAAACGCACAAUUGAAGAGUUGCAGAGCAGUAGGAAUAUGCAAUCCCUUCAACCGCCGCUUCCCAACGACUUGGCCGUCAGUUUCUACAUCCAGUCCCACAAACUGGUGUGCGCUGUCUAUCACAUGCUGAAAGACAGUCAUUCCGGACAACUUAAGUUUGAUAUAUACCAAGCCGAGACAUCGGUUCCGUGGCUAAGCGAAGCGCUGGUACUCUUCACGGUUGGCCUACAAUUCUGUCAACAGCUUAAGGAUAAGGUCUCAGUGUUCACGCAAUACAAAGACAUGAACUACUGAUUCUCGUGCCGACUAUAUAUAGUGUGCCAUCGAUUACGGCAAACAUUAGUACAAUUAUAAGAAACUUCAGAAUUCCGUACAAUAACUAUAGUCUAUUCACACAUAAAUAGUAGAUUGAAAUACAAUACACGCCACAAAUGUUUGUGUUUUUUUAAUGUAUAAAUCAAAGCAAUUUUUAAUUCUCUAGUCCUUUAUUAUAAUGUAAUGAUUUUAGACAUAACAAACGCAAAUGUUUUUUUAAUACACAAUUAUAUUGUAAUGUUUUUUAAUUUAUAGGCCAACUCUUGGUUCAGCCAAUAGUUGCGGAUUUAAAGUACUUUUUAGAUAAUGAAAAGAGAGACUGAGAGUGAGUUAUAGGGGAAACACAUUUCAAUUUUGCCUAUUAUUUCACAGCAAUAACUCAUUUAUGAAUUCAAUAAAAUACAAUUACAACACUAUUU